CCGGCACAGAGUUGGGUUUGGUUGAGGUAGUUUGUUUGUGUGCGAAACAGUCGAGGGCCGCGAAGUGGGGGGAGCCAGUGCCGUCUCAGAAGUCAGCUACUUGGUACUGGAAGAAAUUGUCAUCCUGUUCGAAGCAGGUGGGGCAAAAGAUUCCUGCGUGUCAAACUCUGGUCAGCGGUGGUAGUUCUUUGCAUUGGCUGGAGCACCCGUUGCUCUUGGAGUCUAGGCCAUGACCAGCAGAGGAGCUGCCAGGCCGAAUGGGCAGUCGCAAGCCAGCAAGAUCUGCCAAUUCAAGCUAGUACUGUUGGGUGAAUCAGCGGUAGGCAAGUCCAGCCUGGUGCUGCGUUUUGUCAAGGGGCAGUUCCAUGAAUACCAGGAGAGCACCAUUGGAGCGGCUUUCCUCACACAGUCUGUCUGUCUAGAUGAUACAACGGUAAAGUUUGAAAUCUGGGAUACAGCUGGUCAGGAAAGAUAUCACAGUUUGGCUCCAAUGUAUUACCGAGGGGCUCAGGCUGCCAUUGUGGUAUAUGACAUAACCAACCAAGAAACAUUUGCACGAGCAAAAACAUGGGUGAAAGAACUCCAACGGCAAGCUAGCCCAAAUAUUGUUAUAGCCUUAGCAGGAAAUAAGGCUGAUCUUGCCAACAAGCGCAUGGUAGAAUAUGAAGAGGCCCAGGCUUAUGCAGAUGAUAACAGUCUAUUGUUUAUGGAGACAUCAGCCAAGACAGCAAUGAACGUUAAUGAUCUCUUCCUGGCAAUAGCUAAGAAGCUGCCAAAGAGUGAGCCCCAGAGCACAGGGGGUGCUGUGGGGCGGCGAGGUGUGGACCUUCAUGAGCAGUCCCAGCAGAACAAGAGCCAGUGUUGUAGCAACUGAAUGGUGGCGUUCAGGCAGCGAGAGAUAAGAUAUAACCUCCAUUUCUACCCCACUCCACCUCCCUUCCCUUCCAAUAACAGCAUUGGCACACUUGGAAGCCGUCCCUUCUCCUGAGAGCUCCGUUUAACUGCACUUCUAACGCUUCAGAAACCAUCACGAGACGUCUGUUACCACCACCCAACGGAAAGUGGAGAUAGACCGACCGGGGACUUAACUUCCAAAAACAAACUCUUAUUCACUUUGUAUUAUAGGUGCAAAUAGCUACCUACUUAUUUGGAUUCCCCUGCUCUGUUUUCUCCCUGAUACUACUACUUUCCCUUGCCAUCUCUUAUCCCUCCAGCGCACGUGCACCCGUACACACCCACGCUGUCUUUGCUCUGAUAAAAUAUGUUGUUCUUAGUCCUAUAACAUUCACCACCACCCUUCACCUUCCCUUUCCUUUCAUUUUCUUUAAUAAUCUGGGGGACAGUCACAAGCAAGGAGAAACAUAAUUCUUGGAGAUUUAUUUUUUAAGAGCAAAUUUAACUGACUUUCUCAAAAAAAAAAAUGCACAAUUAUUUGAGAAGAUCCUCUUAGGAGUUCUCUUACUCAUUUUCCAUAGCUUCAGAAAAGCUGCAGUGUCCUCGGUUAACUUUUUUUUUUAGGGCAGAGACUUGUGGUUAGAUUGGAAAGGAUGAUUGUAUUUGCUUUUUUUUUUUUUUUCCUGGCUACGGUAUGAGAGUGGUCCAUUGUCUCAGUGUCGUGAAUAUAAGGAUAAAAUGGCUAUAAAUAUAGAGUAUAAGAAAUACUUUCCAGGACCCUUGCAUUUGCUCUUGAUUGAUGCCUUAUAUUUUUAUUGGCCAGGACAGUACAGGCAGGGCGCAGUGGGGUUGGAGAUGAAAACAAGUAUACCUUUUAAUGUUGCUAUUUCAAGUCAGAAGGCUACGGUGUCUCUCCUUUGUUUAGAUUCAGUUGUCAGUCCUAUUAGAAUGAAGAAAGAGAAUCGCUUAUCUGUAGAAACAAGGUACAAAGAAGACUUAAUUUAGCUUUGUUACCUUGGACCCUCUGUCAGGAUUCUCCUUGGAUAGGUUCUGUCUGCUUAGCCUGCACCUUGGAUAUGUACAUCAUUGGUCCAUGAAGUAGAAAAGGGUUCUAAAUUGCCAAAAGGAAAAAAGUCCAUGUGUCCUUAGCAAAACUUGAAUAGGGGCAGUUCCCAAGGGUCGCUGCAGAUUUUAGAAGUUUUUAGCUAUAUGGUUGGAAUGAGAAACGGGGGGCAAAAAAGGCAGCACUCUUGUUGGGCAACAUGUGACAGGAGGACUAGUACUGUAUUUGAUAUGUUUCCCUUGUUUGAAAAGCGCCAUUUUUUGCCUUCUGACUCCUUCCUCACAUAUAAGACUUGUCUAAAGGGCCUCUAAACCUGAGAAUUGUUUAAAUUGACAGGUUUUUUUUUCUUGCAUGCAAAAAUGAAUAAUUUAGGAGUGGGUGACACUGGGAUUUUUAGUUUCCUGCUUGUUAGCUAAACAACUUUUUAAUAAAUUAACUGUAGAUAGUGCUACAUUGUAAAACAAAGUGUUUCACCUUCUCUCAAAUAGCCAGCAUCAAUCUGUUCUCCAUAUAAGAACUGUCUCCCCUCUUCAACUGUGGCCUUUACAGAGUUAACAGCAUAUUCCUCCAGUCCAUGCUCUCUCUUUAAAUGCUCAUAGCUUUUUCAUGCUUCAAACUUGAAUACAGUUUCUAAAGAGGAACUAUUUCCCGGUGCUAUCUAGAACUGGUUUAGGGAGCUUUUCUUGGAUGUUUACUCCAUGCAAAUUUCUCACAUGGUUGAAUGUUCUACAACAACAGCUUGACAUGGGUUUAUACACACACACAUGGACGGACAGACACACACACACACACACACACAAUGGACAUCAAUUCUCUAUUAUUGGCCCAUGCAUUUUAAUAUUGUAUUUGUACAUAAUGUCCUCCUAUAUUCUGUAUAAAGGCUUGCAUUUUCUCCCAUUCACUGGUGUAACUUAAGUACCAAUGUCCACUUAAUCAGUGUGAGCAUUUAGCAUCUGAACUCCAGGCCACCCUGUAGCCUUAUGUGGAAACUGUUAAACUCGACACUGCUGCUGGCACACAGUACGGUUGUGCUGCCAUUAUAAAGGCUAGUUAUCUCCACACGUGGCUUUAUUGAUCUGGAAACAAUGAAUGGGGGAAUCAGACCAGGCUGCAGCUUUAAUUAUUCAGCAACUUGCUGUAGAGUUACAUGUGCUGUAACAUCUUCUUUCACCCAAUUUACAUACACAGUUACUUCUACAGGUUUAAUCUGACUUUUCUCUAGAAAGGUUCAUAUAGUUUAUAAAGCUAUCUGGGAUCAUCUAGAUGACUUUAAGAAUUUUUCAGUACUCCCUGAGAUCUGUUUAAGAUCUAAUCCUCUUUUUGUUCAAACCCCCAAAGUUCUACAUGAAUUCUGAAAUGGCAUCUUACAAUUGCGGAUUCAUUAACUAUAAAACUCUUCUUUGUUGACGGUGCUCUGACUCCAUGCGCAUAUGAUGACACUUGCAGUCCUUAUGGAGAACCCAGGAGGAGUCCUAAGCAUGUCCUUUCCCUCUUCAAUAAAGCUGAAAUACUACACUGUGCUCAGCUCAUGACAAUGGAAAAAUAGAUUUUAUAUUUAAGUAACAAGCAAACCCAUUUCUUUCAGUUAUUGCCCAUCACUUGUUUUUACUAAUUCGCUAUUAGGUCUUAGACCAAGUGAGGACACUGCAGCUUUUUCUAAACAGAGCAAUCCCCCUUUUUCUUCAACUUACUCUUCUCAUCUGAUCAGAAUUCUUUUUUUUUUCCUUCUGAGAAAACUCAUAUUGCAUUUAAAAUAACAAAUCAUGGUAACAGAAUUCAACUGCUGAUUUACCAAUGUAUUUAAUGUAAGUAAACAAAAAUCAGUGUAUUAGAUGAGCUUGCUGCUUCAUUGUGAUUUAAAAUACAUGCCGAAUGAUAAUAGAAAUACGAGGUAACUUUGAAAAGUGUAAAUAUCCUUUUGCAAGCGGGAAGAGAAGGCACCAACUCAUAGGUAGCCCAGACUUAGAAGCAGAUGUGAUGGCUACUUAGGAUACUUUUGAGUUCAGAAAGUUUCCUCCAAAGUGCCUAAUAAACCAGGCUUAGCUCUUGGACUCUUGAUAGUCUACUGGGAAAGAUAGGGCUACGUAUGCUAGAUCAGUUAACAUAAAAUAAUUACUUAGCUUAAAACCUUGAGCCUGCCAUAUGCGAAUACAAUUCUAUGUAGCAGAAGACAGUAGGAGAACUAAGCCCAGGAGGUUUAGAUAGGUUUGUUUUUUUUUAAAAAAAAAAACACCUUAAAAUUCAAGCAGCACAAGUUUUAUCUAAUGAAAAAUAAAGGGAUUUGAAAUGGAUAA